UAGCUGAAUAACGCUAACGACGUUAAAGUCAGGCUCACAGACGGCCCGUACGACUCUUACCUCUGCCUUUCCCUUUUCUCCUCCUAUCCCUAACGCAGUCGCCGCCGCUCGGCUCUCCCUUGCCAAUGCACUCGCCGCCGCCGCUCAAAUCUCCCCUCCCAAUGGCACCCCGUCGCUCACGAUCAAAUAUUUCCUCCCCUAUAAGUGCAAGAUCGCCAACGAGGAGAUAUUGAUGGCGCUAUUGGUGGACCCACCUGACAUCAAGAGGGAGAUGCAGAUGGAGAUGCACCAUCUGCUGCGGCGUAGGCAUCGCAGACGGCGUGGCCGCCGGAUUGGCCGGUGGACGGGCGCUCGCUCAAUCCUCCAUCGCCGCCCCUAUAUCAGUCUAGUAUUAGGAUUGGCCACCAAGGUCGUGGAGUAUAUGUUGCCCAAUUUUAAUGAGGUGUUUGGACUGGAAUGCGCACAGUCUGUUACUUUGAUGGCAAAACGCAACGAAGUACCAUGGGAUGUGCUGGAGAAUGAAAGCUUCUGUCUUAAAACAAUAGGAUACAAGAAGCUUGCAAGUGGUUUUGUGAAGGCUUUUGUGAAUCACUUGAAUCAUUAGUUCUUUUAAGAAUGGUUUUGUAAAGCGUUAGCAAAUAUGUGUAAAACACAAUAAGAUGUGUGGCAAAGUCAGUGAUCUAGUUGUACAGUUUUUUAUGUUUAUGUGAUAUGUGGAUAUUUCAUUGUGCAAUGUUAAUGAACUGUGUAUGUCUAUGUGAUUAUGUGUAUAAAAUAUAUGUUUUGUGGUGCUUU